GUCCACAGCAGGAUCUGGGACAAGCCGAAGUCGCUCGGGCACUCUCGGGAGUCUCAGACGCUCCGCUUUCAGCCGGCACAGCACCUCAGCUUCAAGGUCAGCUUUGUAGAGUCCAAGGUCAUGAGUUUCGAGCGCUAUUGCCUUUAUUGGCUCAGGUAACCUGUGUCAACAGGACAUGUAGCAGUGACGACGAACGAUGAGGCUGCGUCGAGGUAUCGGUCAGGUGUCCACGUGGUGGACGUCAUGGGAAUAUCCACGAUUGAACAGUGGAGAUAACUUGUGCCACAACCACUUUCACUUAGGCUAGCCUAUCGCUCAAGAUGCCUUGUUCACCGGAGAUAUUGCCGCGUAUUCGACUCUACGUACGAAAACUAUUCAGAAGGUAUAUUGCAUGCUCCGCGUCGAUCGCUGAGUCCGAAUCGCUGGACCAUCAGGCCUUAACGGGGUCACCGACCCGUCCACCUGAGCCGAAUGAAGGAAAACAGUAUUGUCAAAUAGAUACUCCCUCGACAUCCCUUGUAUGCGACUUCUGUUGGGAAGGACUGUUCGCGCAGGGUCCUUUCCAAGGAGCCUGGACUUUACAGAAGACUCCGCACCCAGGCUUUUCACAGAAGACCACUUGGGAACAAGUAGAGGUGUCCUCUCAUCGCGGUUGUCAAUGGUGUACUCUCGUUCUGGCCACAAGGACGCCGGAAGCCGCGCAUCAGGAGACUGUGCGCGUCACGAUCCGCUUUCGGGUCAGUUCUACCAACAACGGAGAAACACCCGAAGGAAUUCAGAUGAUGGUACUCGUUAUCGAUGGCAAACCUCACUCUUCCUACUACAUCUAUACUUCGCGGGAUAACCCUGCAGCACCAUUCAUCGUCGCUAGGGAUCGGUUGCUCCAACUGAACUCUUCCUAUGCUAUAGCCAUGGCGCAGGAGAGUCUCAUGAACUGCAUACGCAAUCAUCAACAGUGCUCCACUGCCCAUGUCAGCAUCCUUCCAACCCGAGUCAUCGACUGUCUGGACCCCCGUAAUCUGAAGCUUUACGUCUCAAACGGCGAACAGGCGCCGUAUGUUGCCCUCAGCUACGUGUGGGGCGAGCCCCAGUCCCAUCGAACGACUACGGAAAACGUUGACGCCUACCUUCGCCGUAUCGACUCCUCGUUGCUCCCGCAGACAAUUAAGGACGCGAUCGAGUGCACCCACGCAUUCGGCCACCGCUACCUCUGGAUCGACUCCCUAUGCAUUCUACAGGAUUCCGAGGAAGACAAGGCCCGCGAGAUCUCGCAGAUGUGCAGUAUCUACAGACACGCAUAUUUCACCAUCAUCGCCGCCAGCGCGCCCAAGGUCGGCGCGGGCUUCCUACAGGAGCGUCCUCCACCAUCCUCAGAUGAAGUCACGUUGCCGUUUCGCUGUCCCGACGGCAGUGUAGGGACGAUGUCGCUGUCGCCCGUCUGGCGCCAGUACGAUGGAUCCACCGAACCUGUGAACCAACGCGCGUGGUGUCUCCAAGAGCGCCUCCUGUCCCCUCGCGCCCUGGUGUACGCCUCGCACACGCUGCAGUUCCACUGCCAGACGUCCAUCGUGAACGUGGGGAAUGCGGUGUGCGGGCCCAUGCUGGGGCAGCGGCUUCCUGAAAUGCUAUUCCGUCCCGACUCCAGAAUUCCCUCUCCCCUGUCGUCAAGGGAUCUGAAGAUGCUCCGCUGGGCGUGGAUAGAGACGGUCGGGGACUACUCCCAGCGCGCAAUUACUGAGCCAGGAGACAAGCUGGUCGCGUUUGCGGCCGUUCCAGAGCUGUUCGCGCGGGCAUGGAAGUCAGAGUACCUCGCGGGGCUCUGGCGUCGCUCGCUCACCCAGGAUUUGUUGUGGCAUACGAACUUCGAGACGCGCUUCGCGAGGCCCUCAAAGUACAGGGCGCCGUCGUGGUCGUGGGCCGCCGUCGAUGGUCACAUCUUGGCGAGCUCUAUGGACGACCGGCUGGAUCCGCAGUCUGGCGAGACUCGGGGCUGUGAUAUUCUCGGCUGUGACGUUCUUCUCGCAACUCCCCUGCUGCCUUACGGAAAAGUGUCGUCUGGAAUGCUGAGUGUUCGCGUCGCGAUGGUGAAGGCGACUUGGAAUCCGGAGUCUUCGAUGCCUGAUCUCUAUCUACCAAUUGACCUCGCGCCUGAAGCACCGCAAGACGUGCUCUUCCCCCAUGUAUCACCUGUGGCUCAGGCGGAGCGAAUGCAUAUCGGCUGUGCCUAUCCGGAUGCCGUGGAGGAUGUCCUGGAGAUCUGGGCCGUACCCGUUUUGUGGAAUGAGCUGCGGCAAUACGCCGCAGGGCUCAUCGUCACACGUGCGGGUGAGGGAGAUCAGUAUCGCCGGGUUGGAUACUUCCACUCACCAGAGGACAGCCCCGCAGGUUUGUCCUGGAUGCUCAGUCAGGACAGGAGAGAGAUUGUAGUCGUCUGAAUCCAUAGCCAGUGACGUCCAUCUUUAUGUAGUUGAUGAUUGCCUCUUUCCGAUCUCCACAUGGUACGAUAUGGUGGAGACUCGGACCACAGCUGUGCAUGUCUUAUGUCCGCUGAGCACGAUGACUGGCAUUAUGCCGCAACUUGAAUAACCC